CGCAUACAUACGAACUUCAACCAAAACCGCCCUUUGUAAUUUUACCUCCAUUUUCGUUCCUCCAAAUUUCUUCCCCCAAAUUCUUCACUUCCCACUCCCUGCGUUUCACCGCUCCGUCGUCUUCUUCGCCACCUUUGAUUCCUUCACUUAAACCUUCGCUUAGCUUCGUAUCAAUGCAAUAAGUUUGCUCUUGGUUUGCUCCCCCGGCGGAAUGGCUAGCAGUGUGCAGAGGAGCCCUCGGUUGGAUCAGAUCCAUGGCGAAGUUCGUGACAGUUUUCGUGUCCUUUCGUUGGAGUAUAAAUUAGCUAGAGGAGAGGAAGCCAUUGAAAAGGAAGGUGUCAGGGUGGAAGAAAGAUAGGCUUGGAAGACCUACUGAAUGUAGAUACAAGAAAUAGCAAACCAAGCACUUCUAGAUGCUUGGCAUUCACCUUUCCAAGAAUGAGAGUACCUAUAAGUUAAGGGACGUAGGUUGUGCUCUUCUUGAAUAUUGCUCCUUGCAAAUUGAAUGCCUCUUGCCAGAACGAACUCAUUAUAAUUUUAUCCCCAUACGAAAUAGUGGAGUUGGGCUCUCAUGCAGUCUCACUAUAUGUUUCACAACAGUUCAACAAUUGUGCAAGUAGGGGAAAUGAUGUUUUAACAAAAGGAAAUGAGUGUAUUUGGCCGACUGAUCCAUUGCCACGAACAUGGUAUCCUCUCCAUGUUUUAGGCAAGGCUUCCACGAAGUUCAUAGACACAUCUUCUCAUGACAUUCAAGAGCCUAAUGCCUUCUGGAAAAAGGUAUACGAAUGCUCCUGCUAAUAGGAGGGUAGAGAUGUUUGAUGAGAGAGGCAUUAAUGAACCUACAACUGAUGAUAACAUUCAGAUGACAUCAUUGGAAUCUGUCGGGCUUUCUAUGUUUGAAUUUGGUAUCUUUGUUUUAAAGCUCCUUGUGGAAAAAUAUUACCAAUCUCAAGUUGAAAUACCACGGAAGGAUCUCCAACCACAGUAAAUAAGAACUUCGUUUCCAUCUGUUCUGUUCUUAUAGCAAUAACAAGUCAAGAACUCACCAAUGUUGGGAAGAAGACAAUGGAUGAUACUGAUCCGGCAAUUGAAAGCUCUAAAAUGGUAGUCGAACAAACAGUUGAAGUGGGAAGGCAAUCUUCUUCUACAUGGGAUGGCCAAGCCACGGCUACGAAGAAAAUAAUUGCUAUAUGCCAAUCAGGUGGUGAGUUUGUGAAAAAUAAAGAUGGAUACCUGUGUUACAACGGGGGUGAGGCCUAUGCUAUAGAUAUUGACCAACAAACAAAUUUAGACGAUUUCAGGACAGAAAUCGCAGAAAUGUUUAGUUGUAGUAUUGAUACAAUGUCCAUCAAGUAUUUUCUUCCCGGUAACAAGAAAACUCUCAUCUCGAUAUCCAAGGACAAGGAUCUAAAGCGGAUGAUAAACUUUUUGAAGGAUUCUAUCACAGUCGAUGUGUUUAUCAUGUCAGAAGAAGCUGUUGCUCGAAAUUUAUCCCAUAUGCCUGCUAGUAGGUCAAGUAGAACAACAGUUUCUGAGGCAGUAGUUCCUGUAGUUGAGCCUGUAGAUGUUGCAGUUGAGAAUAUCAUCGCCAUGGAUCAGAUAGGUAUGGACUUAUCUAAUGAAAUCCCUUUAAUUUGUGUUCCCGGGGUGUCGAGUGAUGAAAAAUAUCGAAAAGCUGCACAACAAUGGGAAAAUGCCAUUAUUGGUGUAGACCAAAGGUUUAACAGCUUUAACGAAUUCCGGGAAGCCUUACAUAAGUACUCAAUCGCGCAUGGUUUUGCUUACCGGUACAAGAAAAAUGAUAGCCAUCGUGUCACUGUUAAAUGCAAAUACCAAGGUUGUCCAUGGCGAAUAUAUGCUUCAAGGCUGUCUACUACCCAACUGAUUUGUAUUAAGAAAAUGAACACCAAUCAUUCAUGCGAAGGGGCUGCUGCUAAAGCUGGGUAUCGGGCUACUAGGGGAUGGGUGGGAAAUAUCAUAAAGGAAAAACUUAAGGUCUCCCCAAACUACAAACCAAAAGAUAUUGCAGAUGACAUAAAACGAGAUUAUGGAAUUCAAUUGAACUAUUCACAGGCAUGGCGUGCAAAAGAGAUAGCAAGGGAGCAGCUACAAGGCUCCUACAAGGAAGCAUAUAAUCAGUUGCCAUACUUUUGUGAGAACAUCAAAGAAACUAACCCUGGAAGUGUUGCUUCGUUCACGACUAAAGAGGAUUCGAGCUUUCAUCGCCUAUUUGUAUCAUUUCAUGCAUCAAUUGCUGGUUUCCAGCAUUGUCGACCUCUCCUUUUCCUCGACAGCACUCCAUUGAACUCAAAGUAUCAGGGGGUAUUUUUGACUGCCACAGCUGUGGAUGGGGAAGAUGGCAUAUUUCCAGCAGCUUUUGCAGUUGUAGAUGCCGAGACGGAGGAAAAUUGGCACUGGUUUUUACUGGAAUUGAAAUCUGCAGUGAAAACGUCAGAGCAAAUUACAUUUGUUGCAGAUUUUCAGUAUGGACUGAACAAGUCUUUGGCUGAAAUAUUUGACAAGUCUUACCAUAGCUACUGUUUGCGCCAUCUAGCUGAAAAGCUUAACAACGAUUUAAAGGGCCAAUUUUCUCAUGAGGCUAGGCGAUUUAUGAUUAACGAUUUCUAUGCUGCUGCUUUUGCAUCUAAACUUGAGGAUUUCCAGCGCUGUGCUGAAAGUAUAAAAGGAAUUUCACCUGAUGCUUACAAUUGGAUCAUACAAAGUGAACCAGAGCACUGGGCAAAUGCAUUCUUCGGAGGAGCAAGGUAUAACCAUAUCACAUCGAAUUUUGGACAGAAGUUCUACUGUUCCAUAUCUGAAGCACACGAAUUGCCUAUAACACAGAUGAUUGACGUUUUACGGGGCAAAAUGAUGGAAACAAUAUAUAGACGCAGGGUUGAAUCAGACCAAUGGAUGACAAAAUUAACACCAGCCAAUGAGGAAAAGUUACAAAAAGAAAUAUCAAUUGCGCGGUCAUUUCAGGUUUCGCUAUCCCGUGGGAGCACAUUUGAAGUUCGGGGGGAAUCUGUUGACAUUGUUGAUAUUGAUCAUUGGGAUUGUAGCUGUAAGGGAUGGCAGCUUACUGGUUUGCCUUGUUGCCAUGCUAUUGCUGUCAUUGAAUGCAUUGGUAGGAGCCCAUAUGAUUAUUGCCCCAGAUAUUUCACAGUCGAGAGUUACCGCCUAACAUACGCGGAAUCAAUCCAUCCUGUCCCAAAUGUGGACAGACUAAUCCUGGAUGAAUCGACUCCGGCACUAGUCACAGUAACCCCUCCACCUACUAGAAGACCACCAGGACGUCCAAAGCUAAAGCAGAAUGAAUCAUUAGAAGUAGUCAAGCGUCAACUUCAAUGUAGCAAGUGUAAAGGUCUUGGCCACAAUAAGAAGACGUGCAAAGAUUCAUAGCUUCAUUCUAGGAAUUCCAAAUAGGUAAAACUUGAAGGAGCAGCAACAUAGCUUUCCCAAGUAAAGAGAUUUGGUUGGCUAUAAGUUAACGAUGGGGAAUCACAUGGAAAAUUGGAGGUUAGCCUCAAAGAAAACUGAUUGAAGAAGAAGAUCACCUGAACUGGGCGUGGAACUUACAAGAAAGCCGAUCAGGGAGUGCUUGGGAACCGGAGAACUCCAAGGAGGGAAGAAAAGCUGAGAAGGCAGGUAACACUCUGACCUCAAACCCGACCAAAAGUGUAUUUUGCCCUUAAGAAUUAGAAUAAAGGAGAGUUAGAACAUAAUCAAGGGGAAUAAAAUUAUUUUUUACUGUGGGAGUGUUUACUUAAAGUUUUGUUUGGAAGAUCCUAUUUUAUUCCUUUAUUAAUUUAACUCUUAACUAUUAUGUUAGCUUACCUCAACUCGAGAGUAUAGAAUAACCCGUACAUUUGAGUAAAUAGGUGGUCUUUGUUCUUUAGGGAAAGUUAUUCUUGAAAUGCUACUCGUCUCGGUAGUUCACUGGUA